CACCACUCCCGACCCUGCCCGGCCUGCGUCCUCAUCGCGCGCUCCAACGAGCACCGGCCGCCUGUGCUGCGCCCCCGGCCGAGCCUGCCACUGCGCCUGGGCGGCUGCUGGGCCAGCACACACUGCGAGGUGCGCCCGGCCGUGCUCUUCCUCACCCGGCUCUUCACCUUCCACGGGCACAGCCGCUCCUGGGAGGGCAUUUACCGGCACUUCUCGGACCCCGCCUGCCGGCAGCCCACCUUCACCGUGCACGCAGCUGGCCACUACAGCAGGGGCACGCCCUCCGCCAGGGUGCGCGGCGGCACUGAGCUGGUGUUCCAGGUCACGGAGGCCCACGUGACCCCCAUGGACCAGGCCACCACGGCCAUGCUCAACUUCUCUGAGCCGAGCAGCUGCGGGGGCCCAGGGGCCUGGUCCGUGGGCACCGAGCGGGAUGUCACAGCCACCAACGGGUGCCUGCCACUGGGCAUCAGGCUCCCGCACGUGGAGUACGAGCUUUUCAAGAUGGAGCAGGACCCUCAAGGGCAAAGUCUACUCUUCAUCGGACAAAGGCCCACCGACGGGUCAAGUCCCGACACCCCGGAGAAGCGUCCCACCUCCUACCAAGCGCCCCUGGUGUUCUGUGGCGGGGAGGCCGGCAACCUCUCCAGGCCCCUGCAACGCAGGCCUCCGCUGCAGAAACCCCCCAGCGGUGGAGGCCCCUGUCUCCCUGUAGCCCCUCUCCCCCUUCUGCUCCUAGUUCUAGGGCUGGCCUUCCUCUGGUGGCUAUGA